AUGAGCACUCCCAAUUACUUUCGAGUCGGGGAAUCUUCUGGCACUGAUGUCGUGAACACGCCGCAGGCGCAUGAGGUUCAGCCGAAGCGGACUGUUGUCGAUUGGCUGCGUGACGAUGUCAACAUCCGUUACACCGACAUCCCCGUCCUCGCCUGCUGUCUAGUGUCUGGGCUGUGCGACAGCGUAGCGGUCAAUGCCGCCGGGGUCUUCGUUAGUAUGCAAACUGGCAACACCAUAUUCAUGGCCCUCGGCGCCUCCCGUCUUCCGGCCGGCGAGCCACUCCUUUGGCUCAAGUCUCUCAGCUCCAUUGCCGCAUUCUGGCUUGGAUGCUUCUUCUUUUCCAAGUCGAGGCACAUCCAUCCCAAGCGGAGAAGCACCCUCGUGCUCUCGUUCAUCCUACAGGCAUCUCUCAUCUUCCUCGCUGCCGCUUUUUCCCAGACUCGUCUCAUCGCCGACUUCGGAGCUACAUCCGUACAAGGUUCCGAAUCAAUCCACGAGUUCAAGACCUCCGAGGACCCCCUUGUUAUGGUACCGCUUGCUCUCCUCGCUUUCCAAUUUGGUGGCCAAAUCGUCACCAGCAGAAUACUGGGCUAUAAUGAGGUUCCUACCAAUGUGCUCACCAGUGUCUACUGCGAUCUGCUCUCAGACCCCAAGCUGUUCGCGCCCUUGAAGGAAAACCCAAAGAGGAACAGGAGGUUUUUCGCGGUGGUUCUGCUUGUUCUAGGUGGUAUCAUUGGUGGUUGGUUGCAAAGGAGUCAGGCUGGCAUGCCCGGGGCGCUCUGGAUUUCUGGCACCGUCAAGUUCAUCAUUGCAGUUGCGUGGAUGGCAUGGACCAGUAACGAGCCAGCGGAAAGCAAGCUCGAGCAGGGUGUCGCAAAGUUAUAA